UCGUUCGAAGCAGGAAAUCAACCACCGCUCCACCAAAGAAGAAGAACAUCACCAGUGUUGACUUCCGCCGCCAGAACUCACGUGGAGGAGCUGCAGCGUGAGUGCUGCCCACAGAAACACCAGGAAGACCAGGAACACCAGAAAGACCAGGAACACCAGGAACACCAGGAACACCAACAUGACGCAUUCAGACGGGAUAGUAAAACCCAAGACAAAGCGCUCCAAGCGCUUCUUGGAUGGCAGAGCGUCCAAGCUGACUGAGGAUGUGAAGACCGCCAUGAUUAUGAAGGGGGGGAACUCCAAUCUGACCGUGACCCAGGCCCUCAAGGACAUAUAUUCCCUGAAGAAGCCUAAUGCUGUGCUGUACAAGAAGAAGAAUAUAACACGACCGUUUGAGGACUCAACGUCACUGGAAUUUUUCUCCAAGAAGUCCGACUGCUCUCUGUUUCUGUUCGGCUCCCACAACAAGAAACGGCCCAACAACCUCAUAUUUGGUCGUCUGUUUGAUUUUCAUGUGCUGGAUAUGAUUGAACUUGGGAUUGAGAAGUACGUCUCUCUGAGUGAUAUCAAGACCAGCAAAUGUCCCGAGGGGACCAAACCGAUGCUCGUGUUUGCAGGAGAUGCGUUUGAUAUAGACAACGAACACAAACGUCUGAAGAGUCUGCUCAUAGACUUCUUCAGAGGUCCCACCGUGUCGGCGGUGCGUCUGGCAGGUUUAGAACACGUUCUGCACUUCACAGCCCUGGAGGGGAAAAUCUACAUGCGCAGCUACAGGUGUCUGUUGAAGAAGUCUGGGUGCCGCACGCCGCGGAUAGAGCUCGAGGAGAUCGGGCCAUCGUUCGACUUGGUCUUAAGAAGAACACAUCUAGCUUCAGAUGACUUGUACAAGUUGUCACACAGACGGCCCAAAGCUCGGAAGAUAAUUAAGAAGAAGAACAUUUCCCGCGACGUCUUUGGCACUAAGUUCGGCCGGGUGCACAUGCAGAAGCAGGAUCUGUCCAAGCUACAAACGCGUAAGAUGAAGGGCCUGAGGAAGAGGAGGGGCGCAACGGUCGCCAAUGACCAGGACGCACAGGCGCCCAAGGUGGCCAAGGUGGAGAGCUGAGGUCGCUUCAACCAGCACGGAUACAGAUCUACGUCCUGGACAAGUCACCUCGUUUAUAAGACUGACCGUGUGCUUAGCAUUGCCAGCUUGUGCUGGCAAGGAGGGGCACGCAGAUCUAUUAUUCCUGCCCCCCAUUGUUGUUCCCCCUGUUUUCCACAUGUGACUUUCAGAUACUUCUUUGUCUUGAACAUCAUGAGUGUGUUGGAUAAGCUCUCAGAAAAACCACAAUAGCAUCUGGGAAAAAUAAAAAUCCAACAAAUGUUUUCCGUUGGCAGUUGUAGGGGAAGUCUGCCUGAAAUUAGCUGAAUUGUCUUUCAUAAGUUGAAGUGUGUAAAAGUUUAUUUUUAUCUGCAGCACUCACUUUAACGGAAAUAAAGCGGUCUUGUUAUAAC